UAUUUAUCGCCACGAUUCAUAAUAAAUGAUUGUUGUAAAAAAAAUAAUAUUUUAUAGAUUUUAAUAUAAAUAAUAAAAAAUUAAUUCAUAAUAAUUUACAUGCUUAAAUAAUUAAAUAUGGGUGAAAUUGUUGAUCUUCAAAGUAUAGAAAACGACGAUUUUUUGAAACAAUUUUUAGACCCGAAAGCUCAAAUAAAUGAUACCAAUAAGUUGCUCACUGUUGCUCAACAGUUAAAUAAAUUUGGAAAAGCUUUAGAGAUAUUAGAUGCUGAGUUACAUCAAAUAGUUCUUACAAAUCAUGAAGAUUUAUUGUCUCAAGUAACAUGGGUUGAAAAAAUAGAAGGCGUUCUAUCUGUUAUGCAAACUCACGUUCAAAGUUUGCUGUCAUCAGUAGAACGGUUAAGGGCUAAAAUAAUUGAGCCAUUCAAUAAAUUAGAAUCACAAACAAUAAUCCUAACAAGACUCCAUGAAGCGUCAAAUCUGUUGAGAAAGGUCGGCCGAGUUCAACAUUUAUUGCAUUCACAAAAACUAGAUUCACAAAUAAAUAACGCAACACAAAGCUCUGAAAUAAUAAAAGCAGCUAAGAGUAUUCAUGAACUUGAGCAACUGAUGUUUGAUGAUGAUUUAAUAGGAUUAAAUUUAAUAGCUAAUGAUCAACAAGCUGUAAAAUCUCACAAGCUAACGGUUAAAAAGAUAGCAACUACUACAUUGUCACAGGGAUUAGAAUUCUCCGAUAAUGUUAAAGUUAGUACAGCACUUCAGGUAUUUGAAAAUUUAGGAAUUUUAUCUAAAGCCAUUGAGAAAACUGAAAAAUUAGCACUAUCAGAAAUAGAAAAAGUUGCUCGAGAAGCUUUAGAUGUCUCAUUACCAACUAAUCAAGAUUUAAUAAAAAGAGGUGGACCUGGUAGAGCGGCAUUACCAUCACCAGGUUCGUCUGGAAAUCUUCGUGUACGUCUUUGGGAAAAUCUUGAUCGUUUACUUCAAGAUACAUUGUACACCCAAUGCAUACAAAUUGAAUUUCUUGAAAGAAUUUUAUUAGAGCACUAUACUAAAGAAUUUGAAGGUUUAUCUCAAUCAUUUUGGAAUAAAAUAAUAACACUAUUAGCUAAAAUAUUUAUUGAACGUUCACAAGCAUCGUCUUUUAUAAAACAAGCAUUAGAAGGCGAGUAUCCAAAAUUUUUACGUGUAUUUUUGGAUUUAAGGAAACGUUUAAAAGAAAAAUCGCAGUUAAUUGGUACAUAUACAAUAAGUAAAGAUAUUUUAUCACCAUUUGAAAAUGCCUAUUUGUCACGUUCUGUUUCACGAUUAUUGGAUCCAGUUCAUACAAUGUUUUCGGGUGAUGCUUCACCAAGUCAAGAUGAAAUAGAUAGUUUAAUAAGAACAAUUACAAGUGAAAUAAGUGUUUCACUGGUUGAUGAAAAUCUAUCAACAGUUGUUGCACGUAAUGUGGGAAAAGCUAUAAGAUUAUUUUGUUUAAAAUGUGAACAAGGUUUAAUAACCAGCGGUGAAGCUAGCCAAGUUAUUGACUCACCAACAUCUGGACAAUUGACUAAUAUUAUAUUAGCUAAUUUAUUAUAUUAUCUUGCAACACAAAUGAAUCGUGUUGUCGCUAAUUUAGCGGGUAGUUUACCACAAGAAGGUGCUGUUAUUAUUGCUAAUGCUCUUGAGGAUACUAAUUCAUUGACUAAAAAUAUACUAGCUCCACUUAUAGCUUCAAUUACUGAUGCUAUUGAAAGUAUUAUAUUGACAAUGCAUGAUGACCCUGAAUUUCGAGAUCUUAAUAGUCCUCAGAUUCGUGAAAUUGGAUGUUCACUUUAUAUAAAAGAAUUACAAGGUUUCAUCAUGCGGACAGUUAGUACAUUCCUUGCGCCUUAUAAAAAUCAAACGAUUGUAAUUGAAUGCUGUAAUGCUGUUGCUUCAAGAUGUAUUGAAUUUUUUGUCCGUCAUGCCUGUUUAAUACGGCCACUAAGUGAAUAUGGCCGAGCUAAACUAAUUGUUGACUUUGCUCAGAUGGAAGUCGCUGUUGCUCCAUUGUGUCGAGGAGGUCAAUUAGGAAUGUUAGAACAACAGCAAUAUCGUACGCUGAGAGCUCUUAAAUCUUUGCUAACCCUGGGCCCGGAAAAAAUGGUUGAAAAAGUUGUGGAGAUGAAAGGUGAAGGUGGUGUACCACCUUCACUUGUUCUUCUUCAUCUUUUUUCAGGUGCUCCGCCUGAAUUACAAUCUCCACAUCAGAGCGCUGGAUGGUCAAUAAGUCGAUUAUCACAAUGGUUGGACAAUCAUCCAAGUGAAAAAGACCGGCUGACAUUAUGUACUGGAACUUUGCAACGUUAUGAAUUAAUUAUUAGACAGCGAAAUCUUCCCUCGUUUCAUCCACUAUUUCCUUUAAUGAUGAAGCUAGUAAAUUUAAGUGAUAACACCACAUAAAUAAAUAAUUUUAUCAAAAUAUGUAAAUAUUAACAUUAUUUUUAUUGAUUAUUAGUUAAUAAGUAACGUAUUUAUUAUAACUGA